AUGUGGCUUUCCAGUGGAAGGACCAGCAGCAAUGUUGGAAGAAAAACAGGAAGGAAUGGCCUUGUUGCCAUUGCCAUCGACAAGGACAAAGGCAGUCAACAUGCGCUGCGUUGGGCUACCGACAAUCUCAUUUCCAAAGGGCAUACUGUCAUUCUUAUCCAUGUUAUCCAUAGAUCACCUCAAUCAAAGCGGAAUAAUUAUGACAUUAAUAAUCCUGAUGGAGGUAACUUUGUGAACGCGCAACAAUUUGAUAGUCGUACAAAAGAGUUACUCCUUACCUUCCAUUGCUUUUGCACACGCAAAGAUAUACAUUGCUUUGACGUGGUGCUGGAGGACACAGACAUUGCGCGGGCAAUAACUGACUACGUUGCUCAUGCUGCAAUCGAGAACUUGGUUCUUGGUACAUCACAUCGUGGCUUUAUCAGAAGAUUCAAGAUGGUAGAUUUACCUGGCAGUGUGUCGAAAGCAGCACCAGACUUCUGCACUGUCUAUGUCAUCUCAAAAACCAAGAUAUCUUCUGUGAGGAAUGCUGCACGCCAAGCGCCAUUCGACUCCCCUCUAACACCUCAAAUCCAGAAAAUCGAAGAGACGGGCAACGGGAAUACCUCACCUCCUAAGGUCCUUUCCAAGCGAACAUCAAACAUACAAGGUGGAGGUGGACAAAGAUUAUCACAUAGGACUACAAUUGAUGACACAGAGUUAGUUAAAUCACCAUUUUCAAGAGGAAGAGGAGGGCCUACCGGGAAGAUGUUUGCCGACCUUUCAGAAACUGAUUCAGAUAUAUCAUUUAUUAGCUCUGAGAGACCGAGCACAGAUAGCAGGAUAAGCACAGAUCGCAUGUCUGGCAUGCUCUUCGACACCAUGGAUUCAUCUCGGAUGUCAACCAGCUCAACCAGUAGCUUUGGAUCAAUAUUUUCGAGUAACAGGGGGAGCAACUACAGCUCCUUCACAGAUAAAUCAUCAUCAUCAUUUGAAAGUGAUGAUGUCGAAGCUGAGAUGAGAAGGCUAAAGCUCGAGCUGCAGAAGACUAUGGAAAUGUACAGCACAGCCUGCAAGGAAGCGCUCACAGCAAAACAGAAGACUGUGGAGCUUAAUCGGUGGCGAAUGGAAGAAGAGAGAAGAGUAGAAGAAGCUCGGCUUGCUGAGGAAGAAGAGAUAAGUGUAGAGAACGCUAAAGCAGCUCCAAUGGCAGUGUCCUCACUGAGAUGCAGGAUAUACACCAUUGAUGAGAUCGAAGAGGCAACAGAGUGUUUUUCCGAAUCCCAUAAAAUUGGAGAAGGGGGCUAUGGCCCUGUGUACAAAUGUUACCUGGAUCAUACCCGUGUUGCUGUUAAGAUAUUGCGCCCUGACGCUGCACAAGGAAGGGAACAGUUUCAGAGAGAGGUUGAAGUGCUGAGUUGCCUGAGACAUCCUAACAUGGUUCUACUUCUUGGAGCAUGCCCUGAAUACGGUUGUCUAGUUUAUGAGUACAUGGCAAAGGGCAGCCUGGAGGAUUGUCUCAGGGGGAAAGGCAACACACUAGCCCUGUCAUGGCAACUCCGGUUCAGAAUCGCUGCAGAGAUUGCCACUGGUCUGCAUUUUCUGCACCAGACAAAACCAGAGCCAUUAGUCCAUCGUGAUCUCAAACCAGCAAACAUUCUGCUCGACCAGAACUAUGUGAGCAAAAUUGGAGACGUUGGAUUGGCAAGGCUCGUCCCUCCUUCUGUAGCUGAUGAUGUAACACAGUAUCGAAUGACAUCCGCAGCUGGAACUUUCUGCUACAUUGAUCCGGAAUAUCAACAGACAGGAAUGCUUGGAGUGAAAUCUGAUGUCUAUUCCCUUGGUGUGGUGUUUCUACAAAUACUAACAGCCAAGUCAGCAAUGGGUUUGACUCACCAUGUUGCCCGGGCAAUUGAUCAUGGAAAUUUUGCAGAGAUGCUGGAUCCAGCGGUGCCUGAUUGGCCUGUAGAAGAAGCCUUGUCCUUUGCAAAAAUGGCCGUCAAAUGUACAGAACUAAGGCGAAAAGAUAGACCAGACCUUGGAAAGGUAAUCUUGCCUGAGCUUAAUAGACUGAGAGAUUUCGGUGAAGAAGACAUGAAGUUUCUUGUAGAUCCCAGCUUUUCCAGUACACAUAAGGAAACCCAGAGGAGCGAUCACAGUGACAGGUCCAAAGACAUUGAUCCACAGGGCAACACAAGUUUAGCAUCCAUACCAGAAAAUACAACAGAAGCAACCGAGUAAACUUACUAGUAAGAUGAGCACAUUGUUGAGGAGAUGCAUAAAACCAUGUAAUAUCUUCCUGUCUUGGGGGAAAUUUUUCUAGCUCAACAAGAAGAAUCAAAAUCAUUGUACAGUUUAUC